AAUUAAUAGAUCUUACAUAGUUUUUCUUUUUUAAAAAAAGAUCUUACAUAGUUUAUCGUUAAAAAUUAUUUGUUAAUUCAUUUUUAAACAUUUGAACUGGCACUUGCAGAAACAACGUUUGCUAUCGUAAACUAGCACUAACUUGUAAAUGUAUAAUCCGUCCUCUUCCUGCAAUAGACCAAAAAUGGUUUAGAAAUGACUACGUCUAUCAAGUCAACACGACAAAAUUGUAGAAGAAAGUGCAAUAUAGUUGAUCAGUGUGCCUAAUCCAUGUGCCAUGAAAUAACGAGGCAAAACCCAUUAAAUUUCCAGAAGCAAUCUGUAAUGGUUACUUGUCACUGCAAGCCAGGCCUAGCGGUCAGAUGUGGUCUUAUAAUAAUAUACAUAUUUGACCAAGUCGUAAAAUACAUUAAAAGUAAGUGGCGGAUCGCGUCGUGAUAGUUUUAAACUGUUAAAUCAGAGGCGUUAAUAUGAUUUUUGUUUCCACAAUAUAUGUUUAACACGCGAUGCUUACGUGCGUCGUUACAAAAUACAUCUGCAUGCUUGCCGUCUGCAUGCAUGCCGUUUUAUUCUAAAGGUGCAUGCAGUUAAUUGUGUGUGCUUGCUGCCAGUACAUGUCAAAAACCUGUUUAUAUACCUUCCCUAGCUAUUACCUACAUCGGCUAGUUGAAUAUGGAUGAAUCACGUGACUUUUUUUUUGACGAAAGGUUUGCUUGAAUCACGUAACUAUUAUAAUAAUAAGUUGUAUUAGACUAUUAGUUAACUGGUAUGUCAAAAUAAAGCAUCAUUCAUACAUACGCAUGCAGACGUGAGAAAGCGGCUCUAUAGUGUUCUCGGACGGUAAGUUGUUCUUCCUCCAAAUCCAGCAGUCAUUGCAGCUCUUCGUGUUACGAGAGGGUUUAAUUCCUCUUUAAAUGUCUCAAUUCAUUAGUAUGUAUUAGCUUCAAACGAAAAAGAACACGUGAUUGUAUUUACAGUUUAAUUUGAGUUUCCUGACUACCAAAUGAUUAUACUAGUCCCAUAUACCUAAAUUUUAAAGGUCUUUUUUUUUCUGUUUACUCAACCAACAACAUCUGUCACCCACGUCUAGGCAUAAUAAACAAGAAAUACCUGUAAUUUCGUUCACAACCUCCUAACAAUUUCUUGUAUAAAAAGUCAAAACUUAAUCACUCAGUGCACGGUACGUGCCGUAUCAACGACUCCAACUAGAGCCAAAGACUUUCUCAAAGUUUUUUUUACAUUCCACAAAAUAUUUGAAGGGUAGACACGCCCAUUUAUUUGAAAACGUAUAUUAAACGAAAUACUUGCGAAGAAAUAGUAAUACCAAUGAUAAUAGUUCAGACUUAGUUGACAAAAAAAAGUUCAGACUUAAGGAAAUUUUUAUAAAGUAGCUAUGUAAGAGCAUUAAACAACUUACACAUGUAAUACAUGGCGCACGCCGCUGGCCGCUGGCCACCGGCCAAGUAUCCUCAAAUCAACCAUCUGAUCAACAACGUCACAUUAUCUCCAUUUCUACAAUUUUACUCUCUUUUUUAUCCUAAUAUCUCUCCAUCUAUAAUUUAAAACUUAUCAAACUUAUCAAAAGUACAUAUUUAAAUUUUCAUCCCACUAAUUUUAUUAAACUCAAUACAUAGAAUGGAAUAUUAUUGAUUAUAUUUUAUGCAUAACAUAUAUUAGAAUCUUUUGGGGAAAAUAUAUUUUAAUAUAAGAAUAUAUACCCAUCAAAAAGUAAUUUAAAGUUGUCUUCUUUUUUUUUUCUUUUUUUUUUAAAGUUGUCUUCUCAUGUUGUUCCAACGGUCGGUUCUAGAAAAUAUAAACAAUUAGAACAUUUCCAAGAAACAAGAAUACGAAUAGCUCGUAAGCGACUGGAAACAACCUAGGAAAAAAUCGUGCGAUAUUUGCCGCACCUGUAUGACUAUAUAUAAGAACGUUUAUCUUCUCAUUCACUUCACAAAACAAAACGAUAAGGAACCUAUUCUACACAGGAUUGGACUUAUAUAUAUACAUAACAUCAAAAGUCAUGUCAUAUUCAACAAUGAAACGUUCAUUAGAGAUAGAGUUAAUCUCAGCGGAAGGACUCAAGGUUGAUAGAAAACCGGUGAAGAGAAAGACAUUCUGCAUCGUCAGAAUAGAUCAGAAGACUCGGGUUUGUAAACUUGAUGAAUCAGGUGGGAGUUGCCCCACUUGGAAAGAUAAAAUCGAGAUGGAGAUGCCUAUAAACGGCAGUGUAAGGUUUCUCUCCAUUGAAGUAUUAUAUCGUACAAGUGGUGGUGCCGAUAAGAACGUUGGGUUCGCGAAGAUUCCGGUGACGGAUUUCAUGGGAGGAUUUGCUCCUCAAGGGCAUUUGAACUUUUUGAGUUACAGGUUGAGAGACGAGUAUGGUGACAAAAGCGGUAUCAUUAACGUGUCGAUAAUGGUGAAACCCGACGGUAACAAUAUUAAAUAUUCUACGCCAUCUCCUUUGGUGGUGGCUACGAGGGAUUAUGCAGCGUGUAGUUCUCAGGCUGCGGUGAAUGGUCAAAUGUGGAGACCAAAGACAUCUUCCUCAAUGGCUGUGGGCGCUGGUUAUGGCGGUCGUGAAGUAACAGGAGUUCCUGUUUGGUGUACGUAUCAACAGUCGUCUUAAUAUUUUUCUUUUUGGUUUUUGUUUUUCACACGUUUGUCUGAACAAAUUUUCAUUCAUAGUUUUGCCAUAUUUAUUCCAAAAUUGGGAUUCAGGUGAAAAACACGUCUGAUUAAUCAUGAACUCUUCUAAAUUUUAAGUAUAAUUAUGAAAAUAUGAAAUAAUAAUAAGGUCUAUUUUACA